AGUGGAUAAUCAUUCCCUUCAUCAUAUUUUCAGUUGAAGUUGAACCCACCAACAACACACUUCUCUGAAACAACAAGUCAACAACAACAUGGGGAGGCCACAGAUUUAUCUUUUUGGCGAUUCAAUCACUGAGAUAUCCUUUGAUGUUGGUGGAUGGGGUGCUUCUCUUGCCAACCAUUUCUCUCGCACGGCAGAUGUGGUGCUCAGAGGGUAUAGUGGGUACAAUACAAGGUGGGCACUGAAGGUGUUGGACAGAAUUUUCCCUGUAUCGCAGGGCGGUGAUGGUGGAACCGAAACUGCUCCAAUUGCUUUGACCAUUUUCUUUGGGGCUAAUGACGCUUCUCUUCCCAAUAGAUGCUCUGCUUUUCAACAUGUCCCUCUAGAUGAAUACAAGGAGAACAUUCGCUCCACAGUCUCCUUCUUCAAGAAGCGAUGGCUGACAACAAAAGUCAUCCUCAUAACUCCUCCUCCCAUUGAUGAAGAUGCACGAGUUAGAUAUCCAUUUGGGAACAAUCCAGAGGGUCUUCCUGAAAGGACUAAUGAAGCUGCUGGUGAAUAUGCUAAAGCAUGCAUUGCUGUGGCCACUGAAUGCCAUAUUCCUUUCAUUGAUCUCUGGACCAAAAUGCAACAGACACCUGAUUGGAAAAAAGACUAUUUAAGUGACGGUUUGCAUCUUACUAAAGAAGGGAAUCAACUUGUCUUUGAGGAAGUAAUCAAAAAACUGAGAGAUGAAGGUUUGAGUCUAGAAUCUAUACCAAUUGAUCUCCCUCAUGUAUCUGAUAUUGACCCUAAUGACCCCUUGAAGGCAUUCCUGUAGUGACAGGAUGAUGUAGCAAAAGGGGUAUGCCUUUUGGGAAAUUACUGUACUGUUGCAUUUCUUUGAAAGUGUUUGAUAUUUCAAUUUCAGUGUGAAUAUGAACCAGAUUGAAGUUUGAACAGUUUGUAUAAUGUUAAAUAAAAGCAUGUGGAACAUCUUGAUGUAAAAAACUUGUAAUAUAUGUAAAUAUACACACUUGAAUGGAAAGCAAAAUGCCGAUGAUAUCCGCAUUUUUCUUCGAA